AUGGAAUACUUAUAUGAUCGAACUGCUAAUAGAAGUAAUUUAUCUUCUGAGGCACCGCAAAUUUUAUUAAGAAAUGGCCUAACUAUACGGCAAAUUUUACAUAUUAUCUAUGGUAUCUUAGCUUUUGUCUCGAUCCUCGGUAAUAGCCUCGUCUUUGCAAUUAUUACUACUCAUCGACGUGGAAAAAUGCUACAAUCUAGCAAUAAUUUACUUAUCGCCAGUAUGGCCAUGAUGGAUAUGAUGACUGGUAUAACGAUAUAUGCUACGCCGACAUUUGUUUUUCCGGCUGAAACUUAUCCAUAUCCGAAAAAUCCAUCAGCCUGUGAAGCAUUUUGUCGUAUUAUCGCUUCAGAAUAUUUACUAUUCUAUUUUGGAUUUGGUUCAGUUAUAACUGUUACCGCUAUUGCAGUAGAGAGAUGGAUAGCGAUAGCUAAGCCAUUAAGUUAUAGAAAAAUUAUGACAACCAAGCGCGUUAAAAUUUUCAUCAGUAUUUUAUGGGUAUUUUGCCUAUUUAUAUCGGUUGAUGUUAUGAUACAAAUUAAAUAUGAGUCAAAUAAUACAAUACCAUGUCAAAGAUAUGAUUUUGCCACCCGUCAGCCCGGAACAACAAUUUUCCUCUUAUUAGAAGUAGUACGCUUAUUCUUCCCCGUUCUUUUAACUUUGGUCUGCUAUGCUGAUAUCGCUAGAAGGAUAUUAUGCCCUAGUAAAGUUAAUACUCUAAACCUAACUUCUAAUCGUGUAAUAGGUAUUCGAUAUAAAUCGAAACGAAAAGUAACCAUUAUGUCCGCUACUACUGCAUUAGCUUUCAUUUCAUGUUGGUUACCGAAUGAAAUUUAUUUUAGUCUUACAGCAUUAAAUCAAACUAUUUAUGAUCAAACUACAAUUCGUAUAACUAAGUCAUUAAUAAUAUUAAGUUCAUGUCUAAGUCCAUUUAUAUAUUCUGCAACGAAUGAAGAAUAUAGAAAGGGUCUACGCUCAUUAUUAUCGCCUCUUUGGAAUUCAAUAUCGACAAUUUGCAGAUUCAGGUAUCAGAAUCCGUUUCCCGGUAGCAAAAGUAAGAGUAUGGUUAUCAGUACCUCUGCGGUAGCGCUUUAG